AUGCUCGGCGUCGGUGCUCUCGAGUGUGGCGGCAGCGAACUCCUCCAAGACACCAUCCUUGCAAGGGAUGGGAUUCGUGGAUAUGCCUACGAGGCCCAUCUGCGAGAGGCAUUCGACGCAUGCGCGAAGACACCUUUUAAUAUCUUCGCAUACCUAGGAUGUAUCAGUGAGUAUUUGAAAAUCAUUGCAAUGGCUAAACAGGCAGCUGAUUUCUACAUUACGUCGUGUGACGAGGGUGAUGCCUACCACGUCACCAAAGCCCGCAGCCUCGAGCGCGCCCGCACCGACUUUCUCAUCAUCGUCUCCAACAUCUGA